AUGAGCCGGGCUCUACGGCGUUCAGUCAAGGCCAAUCGGCUAGGACCUGUUGCGGUCGCGGUCAACCAUGCACAUACGACACUAAAGCGCCCACAUGUACCAUCGUGCUUGUAUCAUUGCUCAAUACUUCAACUGAAGGCUACGCCCGACACUCUCGUAGACAUGCAUCCUAUGGAUCGCUUUCUUGCGGCGCCUUCAUCAUAUCAUCCAGCCAUAUUCACAGAAGCGUUUACCGCGGGCACUGCUGCUGCAGAUGGAUGUACGUGCGUCUCAACCUCACCUGGCAUAUUGGCAUCAUCGUCAUGA